GUGGGUCAUACGGUAUUAGAUUGGUUGGCACAAGUUAUGCAAAUAAAGGUCGAGUGGAAAUCUACCAUCCAUCGUACGGUUGGGGAACUGUAUGUGAUGAUACUUUAGAUUUGGAUGAUGGACAUGUGAUUUGUCGUCAGUUGGGAUACAGUGGUGCCAGUAAAGCUUACCAUGGUGCAGUUUAUGGUCAAGGAACUGGUACAAUACUGUUGGACAACACCGGGUGUUCUGGAUCCGAGUCCUUUAUUUGGGAUUGCUCGCAUUUAGGAUGGACAAAGCACAAUUGUCAUCAUUACGAAGACUCGAGCGUGGAUUGCAAUAUUACCUGA